AUGUCUGCCCCCAACUUCCCAAUUGUGUGUCUUGGAAACCCACUGCUAGAUAUCCAGGCCACCGUCGAAGACGAGUAUCUGGCUCGUUACAACCUAAAGCCCAACGAUGCCGUGCUUUUGGAUGCCUCCACUGACGAACCACGCAUGGCCAUCUUCGACGAGCUCGUGCAACACCCAGACGUCAAGUUUGUCGCCGGUGGUGCUGCUCAAAACACUGCCCGUGGUGCAGCUUAUGUGCUAGGCCCUAACAAAGUUGCGUAUUUCGGCAGUGUUGGCGAAGACAAGUUCUCGGCCAAACUUCAGGCCGAAAACGACGCCGCAGGUGUCGUUUCGUACUACCAGACCCAGCCUAAGAUCGGUACCGGUAAAUGUGCCGCUUUGAUCACCGGCCACAACCGUUCGCUCGUCACUGACUUGGGUGCGGCCAACCAUUUCACGCCAGACCAUUUGGACCGCCAUUGGGACGUCGUAGAGGCCGCCCAGCUGUUUUACGUGGGUGGUUUCCAUCUCACAGUGUCUCCAGAAGCCAUCGUCAAGCUUGGUAAACACGCACAGGCCACAAACAAGCCAUUCGUGUUGAACUUGAGCGCACCUUUCAUCCCACAGUUCUUCAAGUCCGCAUUGGAACAAGUCUUGCCUUACACUACAUACGUGAUCGCCAAUGAGUCCGAAGCUGCUUCUUACGCCGAAUCCUUCGGUUUGGAAGCCAAGUCUGACGAUUUGGCUGCUAUCGCCCAACACAUUGUGGGCUCUAGCACCAAACGUACCGUUAUCUUCACACAUGGACUUGAACCCACCGUUGUGGUCUCUCCACAGGGCGUCCACACCCGUGCUGUCAAGCCAUUGGCAAACGAAAAAAUCGUCGACACCAACGGUGCCGGUGAUGCUUUCGCUGCUGGCUUCGUUGCUGCACUUGCCCAAGGAAAAGAUAUCGACCGUGCUGUUGAUGUGGGCCAAUGGCUCGCAGCCUUGUCCAUCCAGGAAAUCGGUCCUUCCUACCCAGCUGAAAAGCUGCAAUACGCUCAAGUUUAA